AUGGAUGUUGGUGACGUAUUAAAUCGACUUCGCCGCAAUGCAAACUCUACUUCAUCUUCUUCAGAAGAGGAUGCCUUUACAGAGUCCAAUAACUUGGCGAUGUUUGUUGUAAUCCCUAUUCUAGUUAUAGUGUAUGGUGGCUGCGCCUGCAUAUACUGCUGCUAUCAAUGCAGGCGUUACCUCAAACGAAAAAAUAUCUUUCACGAAAUAAUAAUAAGGAUCCGUGGGAGAGAGGCGGAGGAAGACAACGAAGAAUAUGAAACGCAGGAAGAUACCAUGCAAGAAAGUCAUCCGGAUGAGGAAUCUCAAGUUGAAGCUGAAAGUGGAGGUCAUUACGUGCAUUCGAACCACAGUUCCCCUGGACCGGAUGGGGCCGUGCGGUAUGUCGAUUACGACACAGAUUUACGAUCAGCGAUGUCUACACCUGGAAUUCAGUAUACAAGGAAUAACUCUAUAAAAACGAAAAGGACAAAGCUUGUCUUGGUUCACAACGGAACUGAUUCAGAAAUGAGGUCUGAUUCAGGGAUAUUAGAGGAUUCCUCAUCGAUUCAUAGGAUAUCGGGUGAUAACUCACUUGUGAUAGAAGAAAUUGAUCAUUCUCUGAAAGAAACAAACUGUACAAGAGAAUUUGCUUCAAAUGGUAAUACAUCAUUCACUACAAUCGGAGGCACAAUAUAUGCUACAAACGGAAGCACAACGAACACUACAGAUGAUAGCAUAUCAAUUGCCACAGAAAAUAGAAAAUUUUACUCUACACAAGAUAAUACAUCAAUCGCUGUAAAUCAUGCUACACAAAAUGACGAGAAAGGGAAUACAUUAAUUGCUAAAAACAGAAGCAAAUCAAUAGCAAUAAAAUGUAGCGAACCAGCGCCAAAUAACGUCACAAAAACAGUUGCAAUACACAGGAAAUCAUCUACUACAAACGUAAACUCAUCAUCUAUGGUAAACGGUAGCACAGAAUCUGCUGUUAACGAAAGCACGAUAUUUGCUACAAACGAUAACACACAAAAUAUUAAAAAAGAUAACACAUCAUAUUCUACAAACGGUAACGUGUCAUUUGUAACAAAUGAUAGCACACAAUUUAUUACUCACGGUAGCAAACCAUUGGCUGCAAACGGUAGUAAAUCAGCCGCUAUCAAUGGGAGGGCAUCUCCAGCAGAUGAAAACAUAUCGUUAAAUACCAACAGUAACACAAUUUAUGCUACAAACGGUUACACAGAAUUUGUCUCAAACGGUAGCAAACCCUUGGACAUGAAAAAUAGAACAUUUUCUACAAACAGAAAUUCAUAUGUUUCAAAAGAAAGUACUACAGAUGUUACAAUCGAAGGCACAUCUGCUACGAAUUGUACCACAAUAUAUGCUACAAACGGUAACGCAACAUUUCCUACAAACGACAAUGCUCAAUUUGCCUCGGUCCCUAUCAAGCCAGUGAUUACUAAUGAUAGCAUAUUAUUUGCUUCAAAUGGAAGAACAUCAUUUGAAACAAACCGAAACACACCAUAUGGUACAAACGGCAGCACACAAUUCGCCUCAAUCAAUGACAAACCAGUGGCUACAAACAAUGACACAUCAUUUGCUACACACGGCAAUAUACAAUUUGUUUCAAACCAUAGUAAAUCAAUAUCUACAAAUGAUAAUACAUUAAAUGCAACAAACGAAAACUCAUCAAAUGCUACAAACAAUAACAUGGCAUAUGCUGCAAAUGCCAAUACACCAUAUGCUACAAAUGGCAGCUCACAAUAUGCCUCAAUUCAAAUGAGUUCAGUGUCCACAAACAAUGACGCAUCAUUUGUAACAAACGAAAUCACGCCAUUUGAUACGAAAGGGAGGACAGCAAAUUCCUCAUAUGGAAGCACACCACAUGCUGCAAAUGGCAACAACCGGUUUGCCUCAAACCACAGAAAACCAGUGUCUUCAGACGAUAGCACACAAUUUGUCUCAAAUGAAAUUACAUCAUAUGAUCCAAACGAUAACACAUCAUAUGGUACAUAUGAAGGCACUUCAUUUCCUUCAAACGAUAGCAUACAAUCUGCUACAUAUGGUACCACACCAUAUGCUACAAAUGGAAGAACACAAUAUGCCAUGAACCAAAGGAAACCAGUGGUUACAAACAAUGGUACAUCAUAUACUACAAACGGAAACAUGGCAUUUGCUUCACACGAUAGCACACAAUCAGCUACAAAUGGUAGCACACCAUAUGCUAUAAAUUUUAGCACACAGUUUGCUUCAAACCAAAGCAGACAAGUGGUUACAAACGGAAGAACAUCAUAUGCAACACAGGAAAGUACGUCACUUGCUGCAAACGAUAGCAUACCAUCUGCUACUAAUGGUUCCCCAUCGUAUGCUCCAAAUAGCAGUAGACAAUUUGCCUCAAGCCAAAGCAAACCAAUGGCUACAAACAAUGGAACUUCAUAUGAAGUAAAUGGAAGCAUGUUGUUUGCUACAAACGAUAACAAACCAUCUGCUUCAGACGGUAACACACCAUAUGCUACAAAUGACAGAACACAAUUUGCCUCAAACCAAAGCAAACCCGUAGCUAUAAACGAAAGCAUAUCAUAUUCUACAAACGGAAGCGCAUUACUUUCUACAAACGGAAGUAUACCAUCUUCUACAAGCAGUAGUUCAACAUAUGCUACAAAUGACAGCACAAAAGUUGCACCAAACCAAAGCAGACCAGUGCUUACAAGCAAUGAAUCAUCAUAUGCAACAAACGAAAACACAUUAUUUGCUGCAAACGGCAGGACACAAAGUGUUUCAAACGAUAGUACACCACAAUCUACAAAUGGCAGGACACAACCGACACAAUUUAAUUCAAACAAUAGCAAGCCAGUGGCUGCAAACGACAGUACAUCAAUUGCUACAAAAGAAAUCACACCCAUUGCUACAAACGGUAGCACACAAUCUGCAUCAAACGAUUGUGACUCAUUUGCUUUAAACAGUAACACUACAUUUGCUACAAAUGGUGGCUCACCUUCUGCAUUACAUGGUAACUCAUCGUUUGCCACUAAUGUUGGCGAAAUGUUGGAUACAAAUAGUAGCAAUUUACUGGAAAAAAAUCAUCGAACAUCAUUUGCCCGAAAGGAAGACACAUCAAUUGUUAGGAGUGGUAACACACCAUACGUUACAAAUAAAAGAACACAUUUCCCUAUGAACGAUAAUGAAAAAUCAAAUGCUACAAAAAGUUACAAACCAUAUGUUUCCAACCAGUACACAGCAAAUGCUACAAACGGAAGCUCACAAAGUGCUGCAAGCGAAAGCGAAACAAACGCUAUAAAGGAAAGGGCAAUCUUUGCUACAAACGAGGACACGGCAUUUUCUACAAACACAUGGGCUCCAAAUGCCACCAACGAAAACCCAUCAUUUGAUGCCAACAGUAACAGACCAAAUUGUGGAAACGGAAACAUGCCAUAUGCUACAAAUGGUAACACAUCAUUUCAUAUAAACAGUGGUACUUCAUGCACAAAAAGCAGUAGUGAACCCUUUGCUACAAACGGUAAUACAUUACAUGUUGCAAACUGUACCACACCAUAUGGUGCAAACCAAAACACACCAGUUACCUCAAAGGGUAAUAAAUCAUUUGCUACAGAUGGCAGCUUACCAUACGUUACAUACGAAAGACCGUCAUUUCCUACGAACAGUAACAAAGCUUAUGCUACAAAAGGAAACAUACCAGAUGCUGAAAACGGUAACACUUCAUUUGCCCCGAACGGUGGCACACCAUAUAGUCCAAAAGGUAACCCACAUAAUGCUACAAACGAUAGAAAACCGUUAAAUGGAAGUAAUCAAUUGGCUACAAAGGGCAGUACAUCAUCCGCUUUAAAUGCUAUCACACCAUCUACCAAACACGAAAGCAAAUACUUACCUACAAAUAGUCGCAGACAGAUGGCUACAAAUGAUAGCAAUACAUUGCCUAUGAACAAUAACAAACUAUUGGCCAUAAACGAAAGUAAACCGGUGUCUACAAACCUUAACUCACCAUUUGCAACUAACGGAAGCCCAUCAUUCAGCAGAAAUGGUCGCAAACCAUUGGCUUUGCAAGGUCACUCAUCAUUAGCCACAAAUGAUAACAAACCAAUGGCUAGAAAUGACACUAUGAACAAUAACAAACCAUUGGCCAUAAACGAAAGUAAACCGGUGUCUACAAACCGUAACUCACCAUUUGCAACUAACGGAAGCCCAUCAUUCAGCAGAAUUGGUCGCAACCCAUUGGCUUUGCAAGGUCACUCAUCAUUAGCCACAAACGAUAAAAAAUCAAUGGCUAAAAAUGACACUUCACGUGGUACAAGCGGUUACAUACCAUCUUUUGCAAUCGAAAGCAAACCAACUGCUACUAACAGUAGCAAGCCAUUGAUCUCAAACCAAAGCAAACCAACUGUUACGAGCAGUAACACAACAUUUGCUACAAAAGACAGCAAACCAAUAAAUACAAAUGGUAGAAAACCAUUAGGUGGCACAAACAGUGGCACAUCACUUUCCGCAAACAAUAGCAAGCCAUUGGCUACAAACGGAAGUACACAAUUUGUUGCAAAUAGCACACCAUUUGACACAAACGAUGGUACUCCAUCUGUUACAAACGGUAACACUCCAUUUGUUAUAAACAGUAGCCCACCGUGUGCCACUUACAGUAGCAAACCAUUUUCUACAAACAGUAGCCCAUCAUUUUCCUCAAACAGUAGCAAACCAAUAGACACUCAAGGUGGUAAACCAUUGACUACAAAUGGUUGCAAACCAUUGAAUGGAGACAGUAGUAAACCACUGGCUACAAAUCUUAAAAGAACGCCAUCACCACAUCGUGCACAAUAUAUUUCAACGUCAGAAAAUGCAUUUCAAGUUGAAGACAUGCCCUUUCAGUUUAUUUCUCCAAGAACCAAAGAUGUUGGGCCAAGAUAUAUGGACUGGAACAAAGGAGAAACAACGAGAAGAUUUUGGAAAUCGGACACAAAAUAUAGUUUUUCGUCCGAUUCAGGAAUAAGUGUAAUAAGUGAUCACAAAAUGAAUUAUCCACUCUCAAACAGCGCAGUUGAGCCGAGAAAAACGGCUACUCAUGGAAGUAUUAAUGCUCCACUCAUUAAUAGGGACCAUACUUUAAGAAAAACAUUAUCAUCUAUGACCAAAAAAGAUUACAAACAGUUCAUUAUUGGACCAUGGAAGUGA